AUGGUUUCCCUUAGGAAGUUGGCGAGUGCCAGGGUCCCCCUUGAGGGACUCCGGGCGUGUCCUGCACAUCCCCUAGGAUGGUUUCCCUUAGGAAGUUGGCAAGUGCCUGGGCCCCCCCUUAAGAGGCUCCGGGCGUGUCCUGCACAUCCCUUAGGAUGGUUUCCCUUAGGAAGUUGGCGAGUGCCAGGGCCCCCCUUAAGAGGCUCCGGGCGUAUUCUGGACAUCCCUUAG